AGUCUCUUGUAUUGUUGCUUAUCUCCCUCACCUAUGUUCUAGUGUUUGUGUAUUUUCUUUACCUUGAAAUAGGAAACAAUCAGACAAAAAACAUAGAGACUCAUAUACCAACUAAAAUAAAUUUUCAAAAUGUUUUCCUUAAAUUUGUCAGUGAUUUUAAAUAUUGGAGUAAUUUUAUUUACCUUACUUGAAUCAUAUAUAUUUCCUAUUGCUAUAGUCAAGUGGAUAGUCAUUGUUGCCAAAUGUAGUGGGAUUUUCACUCUAUUGAAAGGUAGUUCAAAAAAGCCUUUGAGAAAUAGAUAUAGUUACAAUUUGUUAUUGACUACAAGUCGUAGGUAUGUCAAUAUGACUAAGCAACGUGAAUCUCAUGUGAAUGUAAUUUUAGAAGAUGAAUGCCAUACACCAGGAUCUUUACAAUCUAUACAGUUGAGUUACUGCGGACAAGAUUGCAGGAGGAUACCCGCGGCUCUUCAAAAACUGUAUGGUACCAAAACAAAAUGUUUAGAUUUAAGCUACAACACUAUCGAGACGCUAAAGGGACUGGAGCAUUUCGGCAGAUUGGAGGAACUGAUACUGGACAACAACAAACUGGGGGACAGCGUCACCUACCCCUACCUCCCACACCUGAGGACCCUCUCGCUCAAUAACAAUCAGAUAUCGGAUCUAGAGGCCCUUAUAGAGCAAAUAAGCGAGCGUUUUCCAUCCUUGACUUAUUUAAGUCUGCUGAGCAACAAAGCUUGUCCGAACCAACUCUCCGACUUCGACAAAGACGACUCUGACUACCAGAGAUACAGGUAUUUCGUGAUUUUCAAACUGCCGCAUCUGUGUUUCUUGGACUCGCGUCGUGUGUUCGAGACCGAGCGCAGAGAAGCGGCCGUGCGUGGGGAAUUCAUGCGCGUGCGCAGGCCCGCUGCUGAUGCGAUACACUCGCCCACACAGACAUAUUCGCGGUCACAACCUCAAGCCCGCCCUUUGCCCGUGGACUUGGCAGCGUUGGGAAAACACAAAGGAGCCUACGGAAAAUGUCACUACAAGUACACGGGCAAGCACUCAGAGGGUAACAGGUUCAUAGUCAACAGCGAUUUGUGAUCUCACUAAAAUGAUCUUGUUGGCUUGUCAACCAAACCCUAUUAAUUAGAGAUUAGUUUCUUCGUCGAAUUUCCAAAACAAUAACGGCAACGAAUGUAUUGAACCAAUGAAUUUAUACAUAGCUUUAAUUUAAAUAAUUUGUGCGUUAAAACUUUGUUACGACCUAGGGGUUAAAUGAUUUGGAUAAGAACGCCUGAUUAGUUUUCGUAAUAAUGUUAAUAAAUUACUAAAAAUAUAUUAAAAUAUGUUCUAAUUGACGACCUCGGUGGCGCAGUGGUAAAGUUCUUGCCACUGAACCGAGAGGUCCCGGGUUCGAUCCCCGGUCGGGUCAUGAUGGAAAAUGAUCUUUUUCUGAUUGGCCCGGGUCUUGGAUGUUUAUUUAUAUAUGUAUCUAUUUUUAAAAUAUAGUAUC